AUGUCUGUCAAUUCUCCGCCGAAUUUCUCUCAUAACGAGAUAGAGAAUGAGAAGUUCCAUCGUUCUCAAAAUCCGGAGGAAGCUCAAAACACUGUAGUCCUUCAAGUUGCUAACGCCGAUUAUGCAGCUGCUUUAGCUACAGGGCCCCAGUUAAAGGCAACUAGCCUUCGAUCAAUUCAGCUAUUCGCAAUCAUGCUUGUAGCCUUUAUGGGAUCCCUUUCCAAUGGUUUUGAUGGGUCAGUUAUGAGUGCCGUGAAUGCCAUGAAGCAAGGCGAGGGUGGAGGUGUCGGAACCACAACCGCUAUUAUUUUUGGAAUCUACUCCAUCGGUAGUAUCGCCGGCGUUGUGAUAGCAGGACCUGUUACAGAUACUUUUGGGCGUCGAGGAGGAAUGGUAAGUGCGAUUGUUGUAACACUGGCAAAAGAUGUUCCAUAUCUUCUUGGUGGACGUUUUGUGCUUGGUUUUGGCGUUGCUAUCAGCACUACUGCAGCCCCAGCGUACGUGGUAGAAAUGUCUCCCCCUCAGUGGAGAGGACGCUUAACUGGGUUGUACAACACCUUUUAUUAUUCGGGCUCGAUAUUGUGCACUGGAAUUACCAUUGCCACUGGGAAAAUAGAUUCUGCUGCUUCAUGGAGAAUACCACUUGGUAUCCAGGCCGGCCCCGCAGCCAUCCUCUUGGUGUUUUCAUUUCUACUCCCCGAGUCACCACGUUGGUUGAUUUCUGUAGGCAGAAAGGAUGAGGCUCGUGCAAUCCUUGCCCGUUAUCAUGGGAAUGAUGAUCCAAAUGCUCCUUUGGUUCUUCUUGAGUGGAAGGAAUAUGAAGAAGGUGUCAGAUUAAAUGCAUCUGACAAACGCUGGUGGGAUUACUCAGAGCUCUUCAAUAACCGUAACAGCAGAUAUAGAACUUUUAUGAUGCUUUUAAUGGGCUUUUUUGGGCAAUGGUCUGGAAAUGGUCUAGGAUAUUUCCUACCAAUCCUCUUUGCAAAUACGGGCGUUACUAGUCAAAACAGGUUGUUGACGUUGAAUUUUGCGAACACAUUAGUCUCGGCUUCCGGUGCAGUGAUUGGAACAUCACUAACUGAUAAGGUUGGGAGACGGACUAUGUGGUUCUGGGGCACACUUGCCUGUGCAGGAAUGUUAGCAGUUGUUACAGGUUGCACCGCGAAAUGGGGCGCAACCGGAGCCAACCCCUCUGGGGCUAAUGCAGCUAUUGCAUUCAUCUUCUUGUUUGGUUUCAUAUACAGCAUAACUUAUACCCCACUUCAAGCGUUAUACCCAGCCGAAUGCCUGGACUAUAACACUCGGGCAAAAGGCAUGGCGCUCUACGCCCUCGCUGUCAGCUGUGCAUCUUUUGUCAAUACGUACGCUGGUCCUAUCGCCCUUGCCAACAUAACCUGGAAAUACUACAUUGUCUACAUAGUUUGGGAUCUGUUCGAAUGCCUGGUUAUUUGGUUUUGUGCGGUUGAAACCAAAGGACGAACACUAGAGGAACUUAAUGAAAUCUUUGAGGAUCCCAACCCUGUCAAAGCGUCUACCAGGAAACUCAAGGUUGCUAUCAUAGAAAAAGGGGAUGCCAAGGCAGUUGUAGCCGCGGAUGAUAAAAGCUUGUAA